GAAGGUAGUUUAAUAACGUUGUCUAAAUGGAAGUAAUAGAGCUUCAAGCAGGCACUUAUCUGCCGAAAAAUUCAAUGUUUUUGUCGGAUAAAACACAGGUCGAGACUGUAGCUGUAAUCGAAGCUGGUGUACAUCUUUUAAUGCUGGCUAUUUUGACGAUUGAAAUAGUCGCCGUUUAUGCGCAUGAUCAUCGAAAAGAUGUUGAAUUUAUUCUUAUGUGGACGUAUUUUUACUUUAACCAUGGUGGUUGUGUUCUUAGCUCAGUCUUCCUGUACGUGUCUGUUUCAAAAAUGAACAUAGGUCGUAUACAAUCGUAUAUUAAAUUCGCAGCAAUAUUUUACGUUAUAUGGUUAGUUGCAACUCUGGGGGAACUGGUUGCCAUAGAAGCUCCACACUCACUCGUCUUAGCGAUAAUAAUAGCAUUAGCUCUGUACAAACUCUUGUCCUUGAUAAUUGUUCAUGCAUUUCUAAAGCGUUGGAGUUGGAAGAAAUUUUCGACGUCACAUUAUCAAUUGAGCGUUGCUGACAUUCAGACGUUUGAAAAUGGAAACGAGUACCAGCAAUCUGAUUUUCCCGGAGAAAGUUUUGAUUCGCUUCCUUACAACAAAGCUUACGAAAUUCCAUUCGAAAAUCUUUCGCUGGAUUCAAUCCUAUUGGGAAAAGGGAGAUUUGGCCGAGUGCUGAAGGGGAAUCUCAAAACGGAUUCGUCUGAAGGUUACUUAACAGUGGCUGUAAAAACAAUUGAAUCCCAUGCAGACGGCUGUUAUAUCCGUUCACUCUUGGCCGAACUGAAAAUUCUGUCUCGUGUCGGACAGCACGAGCAUAUUGUAAAUCUUAUUGGAGCUUGUACUGGUGAACUCAAACAACGGAAAUUGUACAUUGUUGUGGAAUUUUGUGCGCACGGUAGCAUUGAAAAUUACAUUCAGGCGAGAAAAGGAUUUUUUGAAAAUAUGAUCGUUGACGACCAGAUAUUGAUUGUUACCAAUACGGUUCGUAACACUAAUUACAUACAAUUGUAUGAAAAUGUGACCACGUUGGAUAUGUUGAACUGGGCCUACCAGACAUCGCGCGGAAUGGAGUAUUUAGCAAACAAAAAUAUUAUACACGGAGACCUUGCAGCUAGGAACAUUUUGCUCACCGAAAAUCUGUCCAUCAAAAUUGCGGACUUCGGACUAAGCAGAUAUUUAUACGACAAGCUAAAUUAUAUCAAGAAACAGGAGGACCCACUUCCAUGGCGCUGGAUGGCUGUGGAAAGCCUUUGCUCCAGAGAAUUCUCAACAAAAACCGAUGUGUGGUCAUAUGCAAUCACCCUCUGGGAAAUGUUCACACUAUGUGAGACACCUUUUCAAGACUUCAAUUGGUCCGAGGAAUUUGUAAAUAUGAUCAAAAAAGGAUAUCGACUCCAACGGCCGGUUCUUUGUACAUCUGGAAUUUACGAACUGAUGUGCUCAUGUUGGGAAUUGGAUCCAAAGUGUAGACCAGAUUUUCGUGAUGUUUGCGAAUAUUUCGCGAAAGUUAUUAAUGCCGUGAAGGCUCAGUCUUAAUUGUUAUAACGACUCGAUUGUAAGAGAC